AUGCAGAUGCUUAAAACCCUCUCCCUCCUCGCCGCCGUCUGUGUCACUGCGGUUUCCGCCGACCCCUAUGGCCCCCUCGACGCCAUCGACAUCAACGUCCCCAAGCCCGCUCAUCCCCCCGCCGAGGCUGCUAAGCUCAAGCGCGGUGCUCCCCUCGAUGUCAUCGACACCAACAUCCCGCGGCCGGCCCGCCCCCCGAACAACGGCAAGCGCAACGUCAUGACCACCUCCGCUCCGCAGUGUGGGGGUAGCUGCGGAGGAUUCGACACCCGCUACAUUGGCUGCUACCGGCUCGAAGAGGAGCCCGUGCUGGUGGAGAGAGAGAGAGGCGAAAACUGCGCCGUCGCUUGCUACAGGGCCGGCUUUAACUUUGCCAUCGGCGAGCCCGAUGAACUGGGCUUGUGUCGCUGCCUCAGCUUUGUCGACGGCGCUACCCGCCUACCCGACUUUGACUGCUCCGGCACCGGCUGCGACACCGGUCACGGCCGGGGGCCCGUGAGGAUCUACGAGACCCUCCGUAGGGAAUAG